AUGGCAAAUUCAGAUACGAAAACUUGCUGGCCCGAAUUAGUCGGUAAGACAGCUGACGAAGCUGUUCAAGUUAUCAAAGACGAAUCAGGUUUAUCAAAAGUUCAUGUUUGUGGACCUGGCUCUCGAACUACACGUGAUGUUGACGAUGAGCGUGUACGUGUAUACGUGGACGAAGAUAAUAAAGUGACUGUACAACCAACAGUGGGUUGA